AUGUGGUAUUUCAAGUUCAGAAUCCAAGGUUUCAGGAAGGGGAAGUGGAAGGGUAUGGAGGAAGAGGAGAAGAGAUGGAGGGUAAGGUUAUGGAGGAAGAGGAGAGGAGAUGGAGAGGAAGGGGUUGGAGGAGGAGGAGAGAAGAUGGAAAGAAAGGGGAUGGAGGAAGAGGAGAGGAGAUGGAGGGUAAGGGGAUGGAGGAAGAGGAAAGGGAGAUGGAAAGGAAGGGGAUGGAGGAAGAGGAAAGGAGAUGGAGGGGAAGGGGAUGGAGGAAGAAGAGAGGAGAUGGAGGGUAAGGGGAUGGAGGAAGAGGAGAUGAGAUGGAGGGGAAGGGGAUGGAGGAAGAAGAGAGGAGAUGGAGGGUAA